AUGAAUCAACUGGAAAAGGAAACUCACCAUGGGUCUGUGUUUAGCGCUCGUCGAACUGUGGGUGGAUCGUGGGUGGAGCUCGGAGUGACUGUGGGUGGAUCGGGUAAAGGCAUUCAGCCAAAUCUUGUCACUUACACGUGCUUAAUUCAAGGUCUAUGCAAUUUUGGCCAGUGGAGGGAGGCUACUACUUUGUUGAAUGAGAUGACACAAAGGAAGAUCAUGCCAAAUGUGCAAACCUUUAGCAUAUUGGUGGACAGACUUUACAAGGAAGGGAUGUUGACCGAGGCAAAUGAAGUUUUUACCGUGAUGAUUCAAAGAGUCACAUAUAGCUCUUUGAUUGAUGGUUAUUGUUUACAAAACAAAAUGGAUGAUGCUAUCAAAACAUUUAAUAUGAUGGUUGAGAGAGGUUGUCCACUUGAUGUGUUUAGCUACAACAUAUUAAUCAAUGGAUAUUGCAAAAAUAAAAGAAUUGAUGAAGCAAGGAGUCUCUUUGAUGAAAUGUCCAACAAGGGAGUGGCUCCCAGCGUUGUGACUUAUAGCACUCUUAUAGGUGGGUUUUGUUGA